CCGUUAACCAAACUGUGCUUUUAUUAUUUAUUUAAAACAGAGCUUAAAGCUGAUACUGUUUUCCAAGGAGCUCAGUUCAGCUAGCUCACAUCCUAGCUAGCUAGCCAACUAAGCUGCUGACGUGCUGUCAAAAGUGGCAUUAUGCUCGUAAGCUGCAGCUAACUUGGCAAGAAGUUGGUGCCAAACUUUGGGGUUGAGUGUUUGUUUAACGCUACCGAUACUGUGAGGGAGUCAAAUGGCGUCCGCAAAUGAUCCCUUUCAAUUUAAAGAGUUUGAAGAGGCUGGGAGUCUGUUGGAGGCCAACAGGGAUGCAACCACCAUCAGCAUCGAGGAUGACGAUGUCAGGCCUCAGAAGCAAAGAAAGCUCGGUGCCAUGACUCCAGAUGAUGAGGAGGACAAUCUUGCAAAUGAUGACAAGACAGAGCUUCUCUCUGGGCAAAAGAAAAAUGCCCCCUUCUGGACCUUUGAGUACUACCAAACGUUCUUCGACGUUGAGACCCAUCAUGUGAAGGAACGAAUCAUCGGAUCAAUGUUGCCAUGGCCUGGAAAAAACUUUAUUCACCUCUAUAUUCGCAGAAACCCUGACCUUUAUGGGCCGUUUUGGAUUUGCACUACUCUCGUCUUUGCCAUAGCCAUCAGCGGAAACAUAUCCAACUUCCUAGUGCACCAAGGCGAACCGCAGUUUAAGUAUGUGCCAGAGUUUCAGAAAGUGACCAUAGCUGCAACAGCCAUCUAUAGCUAUGCGUGGUUGGUGCCUCUUGCCCUCUGGGGUUUCCUGCUAUGGAGAAACAACAAGAUCAUGAACUUGGUCUCUUACUCCUUUAUGGAGAUUGUCUGUGCCUAUGGAUAUUCCCUUGCUAUUUAUAUACCUGCAGUGAUCCUGUGGAUCAUCCCAUAUGAAGCGCUGACGUGGUGCUCCAUCGUGGUGGCGCUGUGCCUCUCUGGGUCCGUACUGGCGUUGACUUUCUGGCCGGCCGUCAGGGAUGACCACCCCAGGGUUGUCAUAGCAGUCAUGUCAGCCAUCAUAGGUCUCAAUGUCCUGCUGGCUGUGGGUAGCAAGGCAUAUUUCUUCAGCACACCAGAACCAGGAACACACGAUACCAAUGCCUCUACGGUGCGGCUGUCCAAGACAACACCUCACACAUGAAAGUUUUUCAUUUGUUUAAGGUUCUCCUGUUGCCUUAUUAGAGAGACUCGGGUUGCUGUAGUGAUGAAGUAAUGGGUCGUCUGGAUUUCACCUGCGCCUGGACAUUCUGUGUUAAGCCUUUAAGAACCAGUGUGGUCCAACUGCAUGACCUCUGAAAAUGAACACUGGUAGCAAGUAUGUUAUUUCUAAUGGGAUGGGUUCUAAACUACCUUAAAGAUAUAUGGGGUAUGAUGUUACUCAGUAGAGAAGCCCUCUUCGAGUAUGGUAUAUUAUCUCCUUUAUAGGUGUUACGUUAAAACAUUUAGAUGACCGGGUUUUUACUGUUGACAGAACUGAAGGUGUUUUGUACAUAGAUUUUUAUAAAGUCCUCUGCUGAUUCCUUUACGCCAAGCUGGCCUAGUUUAUGCUAUAUAUGUCCAGUAUCACACACCAGAAUUGUACAAGUGUCAGUAAAUCAGUCAAGCUUUCUGCCUGGUAAUGUGCACAAAUAAUUAUUUAAUGUUUGUUAUCUCUUUGAAAAGACCAUUAAAGUGCCCUUAAUUUAACGGUGAAGCUCCAUUACACAGUUCCAUGGGAUUUAUAACUUGUAUACCUAUCUUUUAAGGACUUUUUGUUUUUUUUAUUCUAACAUAUUGCAAUCGAUAAAUUUCACGAUUUUGUGUCUCUUCUAAAUAUGCAGCCUUGGGCAGGGGGUGGGGGAUAAAACCAUGUUUUUUGUGGGACCAAGGCUGAUAAUGAACUCAUCAGCUGAUACAUUUACACCACCCAAAGGCAAUUUUCUAUUAUUGUGGGCAUAAAAGACACGCAAUGAACCGAUUUCUCAAGUGCCACAACUUUACCACUGAAAGUGAAAGUGAGACUAAUUAACAUUUGUAAGAAGCUUAGCUAAUUAACAAAUAGAAAAAAAAAUGAAUUGACAUAAAAACUAUCUUAAGUAACAGAAAAGAGUCAGCUAAACCAAACUACAGUGACUGAACUGGUGUUAAUUACUUAUAAAUGUGGUUUUUGUUUUCAUUGUUUUAAAAUGACAAUAAAAUUGUUUUUGGCUUAA